GGUAUAGAUAUUUCCCGUGUGAACUGAUCAAGAUUUCUCAGGAUACUAAGCAGUUCAUAAUCAAAUUAAUAUACUCUGUUGUAGACUGUCUUGGGAUCUAAGGUCAGAACUCGGGGCUUCAACACGUAUGUCCUGCACUCUUUCCGAAGCCGAGUGAAAUAUUAAUUCUGGUACAAGACAAUUUACGGGGUAUGUAUGACCUUCCCAUGGUCACUGCGAGUAACCCAGAAGUAAUACGGAGUACAAUGGGGAUUAAUCCCCUUGCUGGUUGCUGGUCUAGAUGAGGUCGAUCAGCCCUACCCUUUCCAGUUCAGGGACUAUAGUGGGUUUAGUAUGUAGUUACGGGGUAUAGUAUUUGUACUCCGUACACAUACACAUACACAGCCAAGGAAAUCGACUAAAUAACAAGAGCCUAUUAACAAAACUCGAGAAACAUUCCGAGACAAGUCAGCACUAGUCAACUCAAUACGACGCCCGAUACUAUGCAAGACACGUCACCGAGUUCCCCUAUGUUAUCUCCACGGCCCCUCCCGAAGCCCACCAAACCCUAGAAAGAUCGACUGAGAUCAAUAAAUUAAGAACUAAGAACAAGAUUCAAGAACAACCAACCCUUCCAAGUUCACUUCUAUACGCAGUACAACCAGAGUUUCAAGUCAAUUAUUGAACAACGAAAAUGCCCCCCACCACCCUGGCCAUCUUCGACUUCGACGGCACGCUCUUCGACACCCAUGAAUCCAUCUCGCAAACCAUUAAACUGACCUUCGAGGCGCUCCUCCCCGCCCACGCGCCCCCGCAACCCGAAGUCCACCGCCUAAUCGCCAGCGGCGCCGGCCUCUCCGACACCUUCCGCGCCCUGCACCCGGACCCCGCCACCUUCGCCCUCCACGAAACCGCCUGGAUCGAGAAAUACCGCGCCCUCUACGCAACCCACGGCCAGCUCCUCAUCAAAGCCUUCCCCGGCGCCCACACCCUUUUGGCAGAGCUCCAGGCCCACACCGUGCCCAUCGCCAUCGUCAGUAACAAGGGCGUGGCGGCCGUGAAGACGGCGCUGGAGAGGAACGGCCUGGCCGGGUAUGUGCCCGAGGACCUGAUCAUCGGGGACAAGACGCCCGGGGCGCAGCGGAAGCCGGAUCCCGCUAGUUUUGUGGAUGUGCUGGUGCCGAUCUUGGAGGAGAAGUUUGGCGUAAAGGUGGCGGCGGACGGCGUGUUGGUGGUGGGGGAUACGGUGGCCGACAUUCAGUUUGCGAGGAAUAUCGGGGGCAAGGUGUGUUGGUGUCGCUAUGGGUAUGGGGAUAGGACAGCUUGUGAAGGGUUAGGGCCCGAUUAUGUGGUGGAUUCUCUGGGGGAGGUGGUGGGCAUUAUCAAGGGUUGAUUUGGGGUUUCUUGAAUGUCUGUGGCAUUUUGUAUAGAACAUCAUGAGAAUGGAGGCAAGAAAGCCAAUAUGCAGAUAAAGAGUGUAUCGUCCGGUAUUCAUCCAAAUCCCAUGCAAAACGCCCGCGCCAUGCUUCGUCACAUUGAGU